CUCCCCGCCCCCGCCUCCGCCUCUCAGGGCCGGGCCGGAAGGGUGACUUCGCAGCCUCUUUCCCUCCGCUGCAGCAGCGCAAGCACAGCGAUGGCGGCUCCAGAAGGCUGCGGGCCCAGCCCCGACGCCCGGCUGGACCAGGAGACGGCCCGAUGGCUGCGCUGGGACAAGAAUUCCUUAACUUUAGAGGCAGUGAAACGACUAAUAGCAGAAGGUAAUAAAGAAGAACUACGAAAAUGUUUUGGGGCCCGAAUGGAGUUUGGAACAGCUGGCCUUCGAGCGCCCAUGGGCCCUGGAAUUUCUCGUAUGAAUGACUUGACCAUCAUCCAGACUACACAGGGAUUUUGCAGAUACCUGGAAAAGCAGUUCAGUGACCUAAAGCAGAAAGGCAUCGUGAUCAGUUUUGACGCCCGAGCCCAUCCAUCCAGUGGGGGCAGCAGCAGAAGGUUUGCCCGACUUGCUGCAACCACAUUUAUCAGUCAAGGGAUUCCUGUCUACCUCUUUUCUGAUAUAACGCCAACCCCCUUUGUGCCAUUCACAGUAUCGCAUUUGAAACUUUGUGCUGGAAUCAUGAUAACUGCAUCUCACAAUCCAAAGCAGGAUAAUGGUUAUAAGGUGUAUUGGGAUAAUGGAGCUCAGAUCAUCUCUCCUCAUGAUAAAGGGAUUUCUCAAGCUAUUGAAGAAAAUCUAGAACCGUGGCCUCAAGCUUGGGAUGAUUCUUUGAUUGAUAGCAAUCCCCUUCUUCACAAUCCGAGCACUUCCAUCAAUAAUGACUACUUUGAAGACCUUAAAAAAUACUGUUUCCACAGGAGCGUGAACAGGGAGACAAAGGUGAAGUUCGUGCACACCUCUGUCCAUGGGGUGGGUCAUAACUUUGUGCAGUCGGCUUUCAAGGCUUUUGACCUUGUUCCUCCUGAGGCUGUUCCUGAACAGAAAGACCCGGAUCCUGAGUUUCCAACAGUGAAAUACCCAAAUCCUGAAGAGGGGAAAGGUGUCUUGACAUUAUCUUUUGCUCUGGCUGACAAAACCAAGGCCAGAAUUGUGUUAGCAAAUGACCCGGAUGCCGAUAGGCUUGCUGUGGCAGAAAAGCAAGACAGUGGUGAAUGGAGAGUGUUUUCGGGCAAUGAGUUGGGGGCCCUCCUGGGCUGGUGGCUUUUUACAUCUUGGAAAGAGAAGAACCGGGAUCGCAGUGCUCUCAAAGACACUUAUAUGUUGUCCAGCACCGUCUCCUCCAAAAUCUUGCGGGCCAUUGCCCUAAAGGAGGGUUUUCAUUUUGAGGAAACAUUAACUGGCUUUAAGUGGAUGGGAAACAGAGCCAAACAGCUAAUAGACCAGGGGAAAACUGUCUUAUUUGCAUUUGAAGAAGCUAUUGGAUACAUGUGCUGCCCUUUUGUUCUGGACAAAGAUGGAGUCAGUGCCGCUGUCAUAAGUGCAGAGCUGGCUAGCUUUCUAGCAACCAAGAAUUUGUCUUUGUCUCAGCAACUAAAGGCCAUUUAUAUGGAGUAUGGCUACCAUAUUACCAAAGCUUCCUAUUUUAUCUGCCAUGAUCAAGACACCAUUAAGAAAUUAUUUGAAAACCUCAGAAACUACGAUGGAAAAAAUAGUUAUCCAAAAACUUGUGGCAAAUUUGAAAUUUCUGCCAUUAGGGACCUUACAACUGGCUAUGAUGAUAGCCAGCCUGAUAAAAAAGCUGUUCUUCCCACUAGUAAAAGCAGCCAAAUGAUCACCUUCAGCUUUGCUAACGGAGGCGUGGCCACCAUGCGCACCAGUGGGACAGAGCCCAAAAUCAAGUACUAUGCAGAGCUGUGUGCCCCACCCGGAAACAGUGAUCCUGAGCAGCUGAAGAAGGAACUGAAUGAACUGGUCAGUGCUAUUGAAGAACAUUUUUUCCAGCCACAGAAGUAUAAUCUGCAGCCAAAAGGAGACUAAAUACUCCAGCCUUGGGUGAAAAAAGAAAAGAUGGCCAAACCCAGCAAACCAACAUUCCUACUAACAAGUUGAGCUUGGAUGUAUUUUGAAUUUUUUCAAAUAUGAAGAUUUUUAAACUAAAAAAAAAAAAAAGAUUGUAAUUGAUGUGCCUUAAUUUGCAUAAAUCAUAAAUGUAUGUCCUCUCUGUAAUUCUUUUUAUGUGUGCUUCAAAUAGCCAGAAAACCUAUGCAGUUAGUAAAUUCUGGGCUGUCAUAUGUGGGAUAGCCACUUUUUAGGUAUAUGUACACUUAUGUUUCUAUCAAUUCCCUAUAAAGUAAAGUAAAUGAACGGAUCAAAUGUUGUGUUCAUCUUUGGGGAAAAUAUGAUUUGCAGGAACCUGUGAAAUGGAGCAAAAGAUGCCUUAAAAGAUAAGGAUUUUUGGACUAGAUUUUUUUAGUUCUAUUCAUGCAUGUAGCAUAUUAGUACAUUGUACAUGUGCUAGGAAAAAACAGCUUCACUGUUUAAUGUGUUGGAAUUCAUUUUACCUUUUUAAAUCUGGAAACACGAACAGUUGUUUACUUGAAACUCAAAAGUUGUAUAUUCUGAUUUUUGUUUUGUUUUUUGUUUUUGUUUUUGUUUGCAUUAGCACAAUUUAAUGUAAUUCUUGGUUGGAGGCAGCAAGACCUGUAAGCAAUAACUAUUUACCUGACCCUGA